AUGAGCGCCUGUCCCGUGCAGUUGCCGAUUGAUUCUGCUGGGCCGUCUCACGGCGGUCCCAGCGUGUCUUUCGGUGCGCCGCCCGAAGAUCAGAUGUUGAUCGCUGCAUCGGGGGAUGGGUUAUCGACCUCUGAGGAUGAGGAUUCGGCGGGGCUGCCCCCCUCGGGAGUUGUCGCUGCUGCCGAAUCUGACUUGGAGAUGUCGGCCAUGCUUGCCUGGGCAGCCGUGAGUAUCGGGCUGGAGGUGACUACACCGCCCAGUCCCGAGCCCUCGCGGCUGGAUUAUUGGUUUCUCAGCGAUACGUGGUACGGGGGUACGUGGAUGUUCCCCAGGUGGAGAGAGCGGUUGCGGUGCACCUGUGCCCACAAAACGCCGCCACUUGGAGGAAUCGUCCACGUCUCCCGUCCAAGGCCUGUACACCAAGCCAAGGCGCUCAAAGCAAUGCACGAGGGUGGUACCGACCCGGGGUUGAUGCAGGAGCUGCACACGGCGACUGACUUUGCCUUACGGGUGACGAAGGUCACGGCGCGGUCCCUCUGGAAAGCGAUGUCCACGCUGGUGGUCCAGGAGCGGCAUCUCUGGCUGAACCUGGCUGAGAUGAGGGACAUGGACAAGGCCCGCUUUCUCGAUGCUCCCAUCUCCCAGGCAGGCCUGUUCAGCGACACUGUCGAGGACUUUGCCCAGCAGUUCUCGCGCCUCAGCCUCCUCGUCGCCAUGGGCACCCCCCUGCGUCCUCCACACCAGCUCCGCCCCGUGCUGAGAGUUCUUCGAGGCCGGCGCGUCGAGCCCCGCGCAGGAGAGCAGCACCCCCCGUGUCACUCCCCGCUGCAAAGUCCUCAAGGAAGUCGACUAAGCGGCCCUGACACGGAAUUUGGUGUAAAUGAUAUCAUUGUUCUCUCUCAGGCUCUAUGGGCAUUGAAUGAUGGGAUCCACAUCAAAAAGUUUCAGCCCCCCAGACCUAAACCAGUUCCUCGCAAUAACAGUUCAUCCAUAAUAUCUGCGUUUGACAUGGGAAUCAGUGAUGAGGAGUGGGAAAGACUACAGAAGGCAAUUGACUGGCCUUUUCCAGAUCAAGAAAUCACUUAUCUGAAUCAGAGCACAAGUCCUGUUCACUCAACUUUCUCUAUUGUGGGACUCAAAGAGAGUUACAAAGUGGGAGAAAAGAUAUCUGUUAUUAUCACAGCCAGAGACCACAACAAGGACCUGAAAAGAUAUGGAGGAGAUUUUUUCAAAGCAAAACUUUUCAAUGCAGAGCUAAAGGCAAGUGUGUACGGGGAGGUUGUGGAUCAUCGUAACGGGACUUACUCUGUUGCUCUUCUACUGCCGUGGGAAGGUCAGGCACAAGUUUUUGUACGUCUAGAGCACUCCAGUGAGGUUGUGCAGUUUCUUAAAAAAUACAUGGAGUCUUCAUUCCCACGCACCCACUUCAAUGGAUACUUUGAAGGACCAGGACCAAAUAAAAACAGGACCCGUGAAGUAGUAGAAUGUUAUCUUAAGUGGGGUGCAGAUGGAAAUUGGAGGAAAGGCGACUGCUGCUGUGAGUAUAAGGAUAUAAAAACAGGAACGGUCUGGCAGUGUGAGAGGCCGAAGAAACUUGACUGUGACAAACUGGUUCGUCACGCAGGCGGACGAAUGGAAAGCCCAUUAAAUCUUUUUGAGCAGCAGCUUUUUACACAACAAUUAACAAAUAUUGCUAUUAAUGGAGACAAAAAAAUCAUAAAUGUCUUUCCCAGCACUGCACCCAUUGGCACAAUGGAGAAAUGCAGGUCUGGCAUGUCAACACCGGUUCCUGCAGGGUUUUAUUUGAAAGAUGUCUGGAAGUCUUUUGUAUGCAACACUCGACAGUUCAGUCCUGCACAAAUGGCAAACUGUCUUAAAAACAUGAUUGUCUAUUUGAUGGGAGACUCAACCACAAGGCAGUGGUUCGAGUUCUUAGAAAGAAACGUGCCAGGCAUAAAAAGAAUGAACCUCCACUCUCAUCCUAGAGGUGGCCCACUGAUGGCUGUGGAGCUGAAAAAUAAUAUCAUUGUUCACUGGAGCAUGCAUGGUGUUCCUUUGAGACUUGGUGUAGUUAUGCCUAUCAUUGACCUACAUUACAUCAGCAAUGAUAUUGAUGAAAUAGCUGGUGGACCUCAUGCAGUCGUGGUCUUCACAUACUGUUCUCACCUGGUCUUUCACCCGAUAAUAUUUUACAUAUAUGAAGUGGCCAAAAUCCGCCAGUCUGUUGUUGCACUGCUGAGUCGUGCUCCAGUGACCACCGUCAUCAUCAAGUCUGGAAACACUGCAGGACUAAAGAAUAUUUAUCAAAGUGAUUGGUACAUGUUGCAAUUGAACACAGUGAUGCAGGAGAUGUUCAGAGACAUUGAUGGAGUCAUCCUCUUGGAUGUCUGGCAGAUGACUUCCUGUCACUAUCUACUUGAAAAUAUUCACCCAGGACCAGUUGUCAUUGCUAAUGAAAUCGACAUGUUGCUGUCAUAUAUCUAUCCUUCCUGAGGCCUGUUCAAGUUGAUUUGAUUCCAUGAAGGAAAUGGGAAACCUACCUGGUCGGGGGAAGACUAAUCAAGUUGUUCCUUAACCGGAUUUCCUCUAACACUGACCUGAGGAAAAGAUC